AUGCCCAGCACUUUCAAGGAGCCACGGGACACCCGCCGAGGCUUCGCGGUGCUUUACGCAGCCUCGAGGAAAGGACCGUGGCGCCCCCCGGCUCGGACGCCUCCACCUCCAACCGCGCGCGUGUGUCUCUCGUUGGUCUCCCCUUUCCNGGCGGCGGAGGGCGGCGGGGGCGGCGCGCGGCGCCUGCGGACCGCCUACACCAACACGCAGCUGCUGGAGCUGGAGAAGGAGUUCCACUUCAACAAGUACCUGUGCCGGCCGCGCCGCGUGGAGAUCGCCGCGCUGCUCGACCUCACCGAGAGGCAGGUCAAGGUGUGGUUCCAGAACCGCCGGAUGAAGCACAAGCGGCAGACGCAGUGCAAGGAGAACCAGCACGGCGGCGAGGGCCGGCCCGAGGGCCUGGCGGACCCGGGCAAGGGCGGGCGCGACGAGGCGGAGAAGGCGCUCCUGGAGCAGGCCCUGGGCGUCUCGGGGGCGCUGCUGGAGCGCGAGGGCUACGCCUUCCAGCAGAACGCGCUCUCCCAGCAGCAGGCGCCCGGCGGGCACAAUGGCGACUCCCAGAGCUUCCCCGCGUCGCCUUUAACCGGCAGUGAGAAAAAUCUGAAACAUUUUCAGCACCAGUCACCCACUGUUCCUAACUGCUUGUCAACAAUGGGCCAGAACUGUGGCUCGGGCCUGAACAAUGACAGUCCCGAGGCCCUCGAGGUCCCCUCUUUGCAGGACUUUAACGUUUUCUCCACAGAUUCCUGCCUGCAGCUUUCAGACGCAGUCUCGCCCAGUUUGCCAGGUUCCCUCGACAGCCCCGUAGAUAUCUCAGCUGACAGCUUUGACUUUUUUACAGACACACUCACCACAAUCGACUUGCAGCAUCUGAAUUACUAAAAACAUUAAAGCAAAACAAAGCAUCACAAAACAAAACCACCACCACCACCACCCCCUCCUCUGACCAGGUGGUUCGGCCUUCUUUUAUUCUGGGAGUUGGGUUUUAUUUUAUUUUAUUAUUAUUAUUUUUUUUCCUUGACCGACCCUCUUUCUCUUCUCGGUGUUGAAGAUUUUCUGUUUGGUGAUGCCCCCGACCCACUUUCAGAGGCGCCUUUGACAGGUUAUUUUGGAGUUUUAGUUGUUUUAAAUCCAAUCCAACAACCCUCUGUGUGAUUUCCUGAGAGCAAUAUAUGAGGCCUGCAAGAAAGUGAUCACAUGAUUGUAUCUUCACUUUCUUUUUAUUUUUGUAUCACAUUAGGAUGCAUUGUCAUGCGUAUUUUUGGUAGAAUAAAUUCUCCUUUGCUAUACGUAGCUUUCUUAUUUUUUUUUUUUUUCUCUCCCCCUUCUUUCUCACCGCUCCUAACGGUUUCUUUUUCUUCUUUUAGUCUAACUUGGUAAAUAAAAUUCUGGUCACAAUUCA